UAGCUAUAUAUAUAUAUAUAUAUAUAUAUAUAGUGUUUGUGUGUUCAUAACACUCUAUAGGAGAAAAGAUACGUGACGUGUCUGUAAUAAAAACUCCCUCCUCGUCCUCCUCGUCCUGCUCAGUUCUUCAGUGUUUUCUUCCCUCUUUCAGUCAACCAGUUAAUUCAGUUAUAUUUGAGAAGCUAGAAGGGAAACGGUGCUUAAUAAAGUAGUCUGUCCUGAACAUUUUUCAUCGUUUUUUUCCCACACAUUACAUGUGUCAUAUUACAUCUCAGCUUAUUUGCUGACUUCCUAUAAACAAGAACACUCUUUUUCAAAGAAAUAAAACAUUUUAAGGAACUGUUGCCGCAGAUGAGUUUGUAUUAAAUAUUCACACAAUAAACAAUGAAACAGCGUAUGUUGAUUAUAUAUUUAGAUUCCCUCUUUAAUUCACACCACCAUGACAUAAUCUGUAUCAAGUUUAGUGUGUUCCUCAAAUCAAUGCAAAGCUGAGCUUCUCUGAAUUAUUACAGUAACAUGAAAAAACACGAUCAAAACAUGAGGGAUGGAUUCCUUUCCUUCCAUUUUCACAAAUAGAAUGAAUUAAGUGUCAAUGAAAGGCAAGAAUGAUUUCAUUAAUAGAGCAUCUGCUCAAACUGAAGGUCUCUUUCAUGUUUUGAUAUAAACACGGAAGCUGAGGUGAUCCUUCAGGUUUCAGUCAUUGUUUAGCUUGCGGUGGAGGCACAAUAACCCACACGCCCGGUUAUGUUACUCUUCUGUGGAAGAACCGGUCUGAAGCUGAGUCCAUAACAACUCCAAAAAACAUCCCAAAGCCCCUGAGAUCUGCUCAAAAUCACCCUGAAGAGAGCAGACUUCAUCCUGCAGGUAAAGAGCUGCUGUGAUUGAGUUCAUCACACGCUGCUGCUCUCGCUAUCUUCACGCUCUUUAUGAUUUACGUGCAAUCAUAAAAACAGAAACCUCAUCCAGUGUCAGAGCUAGCAUUCACACUGCCCUGGGUCAGAGGUCAGAGGUCAUGCUCUCCUUUAGGUCCUGUGAGACAUACUGCCCUACAUCUAGAGCGAUAUCUGCAAGAAUCAUGAGCAAUUAUAAUUAAAGGCAAUAUCUUCUAAUUCCUCUGGAAAUAUUAAGAUAUAAGUUUAUACCAUGUUUAAGAUACAGAUUACUGUAUACGUACAUGUUAAUAAUGUGUAUAAUUAAUUUUUAUAUGGUAACAUUUGUAGCAUAUUGUUUAGUGUUGUGGGUUCUGCUCCAAAUCCCCCCAAAAUUAAGAGUAAAUAUGGCAGUAAAAUAUAAUGACUAAAGCCGUCACUUUUUAAUGUUUUACUAAUGCAAAUUUUUAAAGCAGUAGUAAAUUUAAAACUACAAAAAAACACAUUAUGGUUGAAGAAUCUGCAGGUAACGUCUUUUUCCAGAUUGUUUUGCCAUCACACUCCGGUGGUGUUGAUGUGAUAAACUGAGACGAGGUGCUUCGGAGUGGAGAAGCCGUCGAGAUCCUGAAGAGACGUGAGAUGAACACAGCACCACAGCAGGCAUUUUCAAAGAUCAGCCCAGGCUUAAGAAAAGCUCAGGCUCUUGAUAGUAAAGUGUUUUCCCGAGCGACCCCGCUGUGGAGUUUUACUCCUAUUACAGCUAAUCAGACUGUGGAGGACAGCAGAGUUCUUCUCCAGAUAUCUCCAGGGGUUUCCACAAAACUAAUAACCAAAGCUGACCUCUGCAGCAUGUGCUAAUUCAAAGGUUUUGGACAUUUUUGGAGUCAGCUGAUUCUUCUGUAAUCUAGAGCUCUGGCAGAAUGGGAAACUACGACGAGGACACUGCCUUUCUGGGGCAAAAAGGAACUUUUUUUGUCAUCCUUUUCUUUCUUUUGAAUGCCGUCUACAUUUCCACGGGGCUUCACAGCUUCUACAUAGUUUUUGUCGGGGCUUCGCCGUCACAUCACUGUCGGAUAGCGGAUGGAAAUCUUAGUGAAGCAUGGCUGGAAGCCAGUAUCCCCUAUGAGACGGUCGAUGGAAAACUACAGGCCAGUCAGUGCUGGAGAUACGGGCAGGAGACGGUCAGAAAGCUGUCUUCUCAGGGCUACUCUCCUCUGGACGUCAAUCUGACCGACAUCCCUCUGGAGACGUGUGAGGAUGGAUGGAGCUACAGCACAGAGAUAUACCACUCCACCAUCGUCUCCGAGUGGGAUCUGGUGUGUGAGAACGAGUGGAGAGUCCCGUUCACGUCCUCAACUCUAUACAUGGGUUAUCUUCUGGGCUCUCUGGUCGCUGGACAGCUCUCGGACAGGUUUGGGAGGAGGAAGGUUUUCUUGGCGUCUAUGGCAGCAGAAGCACUAGUGAUGCUCGUGCAGUCCUUCUCCGACUCCUGGCUGCUCUUCUGUGUUCUGUAUUUUUUUGUUGGCACAGUACAGAUAUCCCUGUACAUCACAGCAUUUGUGCUCGGAAGUGAAGUGCUGAGCGAGUCCUUGCGUGUUGUCUUCACGACGCUGGGAGCGAGUCUGCAUUACUGCAUCGGUUACAUGGUGCUGCCGUGGAUGGCCUUCUUUGUCCGAGACUGGAGAACACUACUGAGGGUUCUGUCGGGCCUGACGGUGCUCUACAUCCCUCUGUGGUGGCUGAUCCCAGAGUCUCCACGAUGGCUUCUCUCUCAGGGCCGUGUUCUUGAAUCUGAGGCCAUCGUGAGAGAAGCAGCGAAAAAGAACAAAGUCUCUGCUCCAGAGGUCAUCUUCAACCAGUCUGAGGUUAAAGAGUUGGUGUCCCAGAACAGCAAGUACAGCGCGCUCGACGUUCUACGAUCCAGCGACAUCCGCAAAACCACCCUCCUGUGUUUACUGCUGUGGAUGUCCAUCAACGUGGGGUAUUUCGGCUUGUCCUUGAACACCACUAACCUCAGCGGCGAUCCGUUCCUCAACUGCUUCCUCUCGGCGGUCACUGAGGUGCCGGCCUACAUCGUGUCCACCUUUCUCCUGAAGAGCUGUCCUCGGAGACCCGUCCUGACCGCCUUCCUGCUCAUCGGAGGAGGAUUUCUGCUCCUGGUGCAACUGAUUCCUGAGAGUCUGAAGACUCUGGCUCUGGCGUUAGAGAUGGCCGGCAAGUUUGGCUUCACCAUGUCCUUCGCUGUAGUCUACAUCUACACGACAGAGCUGUACCCCACCGUCCUGAGGACCCUGGGCCUCGGCCUGUGCUCGUCCGCCGCUCGCAUCGGCAGCAUCACCGCUCCUUACGUCAUAUUCCUGGGUACUUUCAACAAAUACCUGCCCUACGUCCUGAUGGGAAGCCUGACCAUCGCUUCCUCGAUAGCAAACAUGUUUCUGCCAGAGACGUUUGAGAAAGUGCUGCCCGAGACUCUGGAACAAAUGCAGAAAUGCAAACGUUUUAUGAGAAGAAAUAAGCGCACCUUGGAGGAACAGUCCUAGUGAAAGAAGAGAAACCUGACAGCUACACAGAAGGACAUCCAGAAGAUCCUACAUGACACCUCAUCAAUGACUUCACAGUUUUGUAGGCAACUGAUAAAAUGUAUAUAUAAUAUAUGCCUACAGGUCAUUUUUUGUGUUUCUUUUUAUUGUAAUUACAUUUUUUAUGUCAAUCUGUAAUUGGUAUUAGCUAAUUAAUUUUCUUGUCAUUCAGAGAUUGAAUUCUACACACUAAUACACUCUAUACUCAUAGUCACACAGUUCUGCUGUUAACAUUAAUAAUAUGAGAAUAAAGUAUAACAAUAAUGAUUUACGGUCUGAUGAGCUAACCGAUCGUUAGAUUUAAUCAUCAUCGGUAGCCCAAUCUAUUGUAAUGUUUUAUUCCUCAGUUAGUCAAAACAGUCUUGGUAAUUGUUCAGAUGACAGUAUACGGUGAAAACUCUUAUAUGGGUCAUAUAUUCCAAGACUUAGUCUAGAAUCUGUGACGAUGGAGUAGUUUAAAACCCCAGACGUGCAGCGACUGACAGCUACACCAGGGUUGCCAGGUUUUUGCAACGAAACUCAAGGAUUGCAGCUUUAACAAAAUGUCAAAGAUUUUAAUGUUUUUUUUGAGAAUCAUAUCAGAAUCAGAAAUAGUAGUCGCCAUCCUGGUUGUUUCAUAUUUAAAGUGUUUGUAAUAAAAAGUAAUAAAUCAGAUUGUUUCAUUCCUUGGUUAUGAUUGGCCGAGCUGCAUUCUGUUCUUUAGUUGUCUUAUUAUUACAUUCAUUCCCAGAGGAAGAAGCACAGCUGCUGCAGACAUCUUUUAAGAUGGGUGAGAGGGUUAGAAAGAAGACCAGUCACAGCUGGUGGGGUCUGAACAGACACAAAAAAGCAAGGUAAGACUACUCGAACUGAGAAAAAAGGCACUGUGCCUUAAAGAGAAGGGAUGGAUCAGAGGUCAGAGGUGAACUCAGGGCAUCCUAGGAUUAGGAUCUGAGAGAGAAUCAGGAAUGAGCUGUGCAUUUGAUAAAGCAAAAUCUGCCCAUUUUUUUUAUUCAGUAAACAUCAACAUUAUACAGUUUGUGUAAUUAUUAACUUCAUACAACAAAAAAUACAGAAGGAAAAGCAAAAAAGUGAAAGCACUAAAGUACUGUAAUGGACAAGCCUCCUCAGGGCCUUUAUGUUUUAGAGUGUUAUUUGUGUCUCGUUUGUCACGUGUUCAUUUCAAACCCUGGCUAAGAUGAUGUUAGGAUAGCGUUGGAUUUAUUACAUGACUCCUCUUCUCUUCUCCCUGCAUGUAUACGAGAUGUUAAAUUCUUAAUUCAGUAAAAAAAAAAAAAAAAAAAGUGAGUUCAACAUGGCUUGCUUUCAUUGCAAACAUUUAUUACAAUUUCUGAUGGAAACAACUGUAUCUCUCGUAGAUGGAACAGCUCAUGGAAUGACAAUGAUACAUGGAAGGACAGUACAGAAAAUAAAACGCAUUUGUGUGCCAUUCCACUGCGACUCCAUAGAAAUAGACCUAGAAGACUGUGCCCUUGGCAUCUCAUCC